UUCAGCGGCAACAAGGUCACCUUUGUCUACACAAUUUUAGACUCUCAGCACUUCAAAAGGCGCAUGUCGUGCUUGAUAUCACCACCAGCCCCACCGCCAUGAAGGUCGACCAGUCUGUUAGUCUCAUCGACACGGCUGCGGCAACGCACCAUGCCGCCCCGACCGCUCCAGACUCUCCUGUCGACGAGAAGUCUGCCCCUCCUGCCGACGAGGAGGCGGUCCAGACAGGUGUCAAGACUGCCGAGGCCAUUACCCAGACCUGGAGCAAGUCGUCCCUGCGAACCAUCUAUGCCUUCUUCUGGCUGACCUACGCGGUGAACGCGUUCCAGUCCUCCAUCACAGGCAACCUCACCGCCUACGUGACGUCUGGAUUCUCGCAACACUCGCUCAUCCCCACCAUUUCCAUCGUGUCCAACGUCAUGUCCGGCGUGGCCUACAUGGUCUUGGCCAAGAUUCUCAACUUGUGGGACCGCAGCUAUGGCUACCUCGCCAUGACUCUCCUCGCCACCCUUGGCCUCAUUCUCAGCGCAGCUUGCACCGAGAUCUACACAUACUGCACUGCCCAGGUCUUCUACUCGAUCGGAUUCAUCGGCAUCAUCUUCUGUGUCGAUGUGUUGACAGCCGACACAUCGCACCUGCGAAACCGAGGUCUUGCAUUCGCGUUCACCUCAUCGCCGUGGAUCAUCACGGCGUACGCUGGCCCAGCCAUGUCCCAGCGGUUCUAUGAAAGCAACUGGAGAUGGGGUUACGGAGCGUUCGCCAUCAUCCUGCCCGUCGUCGCCGUCCCAAUGUUUGUGUUCCUCCAAGUCCAAAAGCGUAGGGCGGUGAGACUUGGCGCCGAGAUCAAGGAGAAAUCAGGCAGGACUGUUCUCCAAUCGGUGAUCUACUACAUUGUUCAGUUCGACGUCCUCGGAGUAUUCCUGGUAUCGGCUGGCAUGGUUCUCUUCUUGCUCCCCUUCUCCAUCGCGACAUCGAUUGAAGACGAGUGGCGCUCGGCAUCGGUUAUCACCAUGCUCGUUAUUGGUGUCGCUUGCCUGGCAGCGUUUGUUCUGGUGGAGAGGUACUUCUCUCCCGUGCCAUUCAUUCCCUUCCAUCUUCUGUCGUCCCGCACCGUCGUUGGCGCUUGCAUGCUCAACGUGUCGUGGCAGAUUGCAUACUAUUGCUGGGCGUCGUACUUUACGUCGUAUCUCCAGGUGGUCUACAAUCUCUCUAUCAGCAAGGCGGGAUACAUUGCGUCGAUUUACGACGUUGUUGCGACAGUCUGGCUCCUGCCUGUUGGCUACCUCAUUCGUCGAACCGGCUACUUCAAGUGGGUGGUUCUUGUCAGCGUGCCCAUCUACACGUUGGGUGAGGGCCUCAUGAUCUAUUUCCGCAAACCUGGCCACCAUAUUGGCUGGAUCGUCUUCACCCAAGUCCUCAUCUCCAUUGGUGGAUCGGCUUUCACCCUUGUCGAGCAGGUAGCCGUUCUCGCCGCUGGAAGCCACAACGAUGCUGCCGGUAUGCUCGCUCUCCUCGGUCUUUCUGGAUACUUUGGUGGUGCUAUCGGCAACAGUGUAUCAGGCGCCAUCUGGACGAACACUCUCCCAAGCGCACUUCAGUCCCUCCUUCCUGAGGAGGCCCUACCCGACUGGGAGGAGAUUUACGAGUCGCUCGAAGUUCAGCUGAGCUACGACGUUGGCACCGAUGUUCGCACUGCCAUCUCACUGGCGUAUGCUCAAGCGCAGAGCCGCAUGCUCAUUGCAGGUACCGCCAUUAUGGGCAUGGCUCUGGUGUCUAUCUUGCUCAUCAAGAACAUCAAAGUUUCGGAUAUUGAGCAGGUCAAGGGUGUUCUCUUCUAG